AUGAUGUACCGCUCAUUCCCUACCAUAGGUGCCUGUGGCGGAUUUCACCUCCGCCGGAUCGUUCUCCCUUCCACCAGGAGAUUCACGCGCGUCCCCAACAUGCCUUCGGCCGGCAAUUUUCCUGCUGCCAUUGUGGAGGAUACUCUCGCCGCUCCUUUCAACCUGAGCAGCACUCCGGGCCUCACCACCAUUUGUCGCUGCGCUGAGAGGGGCUUGCCCACUUCGGAUUUCUCUGCCAUGUAUUCUGCCGUUGCUCCUCUUCCGUCUCCUCUCGGGAAGCGCCGCCGGGAUGACGACUCAUCCUCGAAUGACAGCCAUCACAAGCGCCAGAGGAGCCCUUUGAGCGACUCCCAGAUUGCCGACGCCAUCGAGCGCCGCAAGACAAUCAACAUCGGCAGUCCUACUCGUUGGGUCAUCACCAGCCACCGCCGGCCCCCUCGGCGUAGCCUUGAUGUCGUUAACCAUCUGACAAAGCAGAUGGGCAACCUUCACAUUUCCGGGACAUUCGAGAGAUACUGCAGAGAGUCGCGGAGACUGAACAGCACCGGCCAAUCUAUCUUUGGCAUUCGAGUUUCUCUACACCACAAAAGCCCCGUUAGCAACGUCUUUAUGACCGACAUGAAGAAUGGUAGCUUCAACUUCUAUUGCCAGAGCGCUACUAGCGUCGAGGUGGAGAUGGGCCUUGGCCACGACAACGAGAACCUUGUUCAGGAGGAUGAGCCCAUGGACGAACUCCGCCAGGGUGAUCCGCCCGAGGAAGAUUCGUUCCUCAAGCGAUUCGGUCAGUGGCUUGCAGGUGUUGUCUCUUCAGACGACUACAAAAUCGUCGACUUAACACCCGUCUGGCAGCAAACCAACGCUGGUAUCACCAUCUCGGGUCAGAACCUGAGCAUUACGCCUGGCAACCCCCAGCCCGCCCAGGAUACCGCUCAACCCGCUACACCCGGUCCUUCUGUUGGCGGCGUCCCCGUCUCCGGCACUCUCAUGACCGUCAUCCCUGGUCGUCCCAGACCCAUCGAGGACACUCCCAAGCCUGCUCAGGAGAGCCACAAACCCGAUGGAUACACCUGCCUGUCCGCUCUCCGUCCCCGAGCAGCUGACCGCAUGCCUAUACACGGUCAAAUUCUCCCCACCGCGUCUGGUUGUCCCAGAACAAAUAACAAGAAGAAUGUCAUCGGCGCAGACGCCGCCCCUUCUGCCGAACCCAGCACGGCCCGCCGCCGCCACAGGCGCAACCAUACGACCAACACCGACCGUUGGGACAAGCUAGAUGUCAUCAACGCGUCUUACCACCCCAAGAGCAAUCCCCUCCACAGAGUUGCCGCCCCCGUCAAGAGCCACCUCAAGAUUAAGAAGGCCCGCACGACGUCCAAGAAGAAGGCUACCUUUGGCUCUAACAUGCGCAUUUUUGUCAACGACACGCACUACCCCCAAACCUACGAAGAGGAAGACGCUGCCACUCGUGCGGAAAGAAAGGCUAAACUUCGACGGGAGAUUGAGGCAAACAGGGCUGCGCAGCAGGCUGAGUUGGCUGUUGAGGCUGCUGCUGCCAAAAAGAGGAAGGCCGACGGCCAGGGUGAGCAGGCUUUUAGAGGCGUUGUGGCACCGUAA